AUGCUCAUGGCGACGACCGGCUCUGGCGACUCCAGUUCCGUGGACCCACCGCGCUGGCUUCCCGCCGCCCAUGCCGACUCCGGUGCUCAAACGCCCGCGCAUUCGUCGUUUGGCUCCCAGCCGGCGCAGCUGUCAAGCGCGCCUGUCGCCGCCGCGUGUCAUGGUGGAAGCGCGAUGCGCAUAUUUCACACAUGGACGCCACGCGACGCCGCACAUUACGGCGUGCAAUUCGGCAUCCGCGAACCGAUGGUCGUCUGGUCUCCUUACAGCGCGCAGGUCUACAUGCACCCUCCCGCUCCUCCCGCCCUUGCGCCGAACUUCCCCGGGAUGUCCGCUCCUCCACCGCUUCCCCCACUUCGGCCCUGUCCCCCGCCUGUUCCGCAGCACUCCCCGCCGUUGUCGCAGUGGUCAGCGGGUCCCUCGGCCAAUUCCGCCAAGUCCGCGCGGGGCCCCGCGGAGCACACGGGCUCAUGGCUGGACACGCAGCUCUUCCCGAGCGCUGUCGGCGUGAAUUGCGGAGAGAGAACCACGGUGACACCGAUCGUGGUGAUGCCAGCUCGUUGCGCGCCGACGGAGCUCGUGAAUUCGACCUUAGUCGCUCCUUCCGCCGCUAGCGCCGUGACACGCGGAACGGGGCCGCGCGUGGAGGAAGGAGGUCCUUGCAGCCCGCAGGCGGGCGCUAAUAACGCGGACGUCACGACGCGCUGCACGCCGACAUGGGAAGUGGUGGCGGAGAGGAUGAGCGCGCCGCCGGCGCAAGGCGUGGCGGCGCAAUGGCCCCUUGCGCAAGGGGUGGCUGAAGGGGGCCUGGUGGGGGAAGGCGACGACAUCAGCGCGUGGCUGAGCCGCCUAGUGGGCGGCACGGCUGGCCCUGCCCUGCCGGAAGGACCGUCGGCGGAGCUGGCGCAUUUACAAGGAAACGGGGCGACGCGUGGUCAUGUGAUGUCGCCAGCUGGAGUCGCGUCAUGUGGCAGCAACGCCGCCGCAGCAAGCGCAGGACGCGGCACCGCGUACAAUCACAGCGGCGUGCGCUGUGACACGGCACUCUGCGACAACGUGCCAUUCAACAACCCCGGGCGCAACAGUCUCGGCGCCAUGCCUGCUGCACCUGCACCUGCCUCCGUCUCAGCGCAUGUGCUCCGCUCUGCCCAGCGACAUCCCGCCCCUGCUCCCCCCCCUUCGCAAGGGGGAGUAGGGACAAUGGCGGAGCAGGGAGGGGAGUGGGGGAGGCGGGGUGUGGGAGAGGAGGAGAGCGAUGAGGGAGGGGGGGUGGAGGAGGAGGCAUGCAUGGAGGGCAUGACAGUAGAACAGAUUCUGCAGGAGAGGAGAAAGCGCAGCCUGCCGCUCUGUUUCCGCGUGCGUUUCGCCGCCAUGGACGCUAAAGAGGCCGACGGGCGGCUGCUAGAGGACGAGCUCGAGGCGCAGCUGGCCGCGCAGCGCGCCACGCUGGCGGAAGUGGACGCGCUGCUCCAGGCGGAACCCUCCCCGGAGAUUGCGGAGGUGCGCGGAGAGCUCGCGGAGGCGGUGGCAGCGAGCGAGGCGAGUCUGCUGCAGCUGAAGCGGCAGCGGCUGUUGCGCCACGCGGACAGACUGGCGGAGGGGCUUUCAGCGGAAGCGGCCGCGCGUGGCGGAACGGGAGAGGCUCGAGGGGCAGAAACGGCCAGCGCGGAGCAGACCGAUAUAGGCGGAACGAGCGGAGGGGAACGGCGCGCGGAAGGCGGAGGGGGGGAAGAGCCAAAGAGGGGUGAUGAGGAGGAGGGGAAAGGGGGAGAGUGGGGGGUGAGCGUGGGACAGCGGUGCUUGUUCCGCCACGUGGACGGCAGGUGGUAUGCGGGGGAGGUUCUGGCUUUCGAAGGGGCGGAGGACGAUCGGGGGGAUGGGGAAGGCGGAGUGGAAAAGGUUGCUGGCAGCCGGGGAGGGGAAUGUGGGGGAGACAUUGGGGCGGCGGAAGGGGAAGUGAGGGGGAGUGAGGGCGCGGGAGCAGGCGAGGGAGGUGCGGAUGGGGAGGAAGGAGUGGAGGAGAGAGUGCGGUUGGGGUACGUCUCAGGGACAGGCGAAGAGGGUCAGGGGAAACAGGCGGAGUGGGAGGGGAGGGGGGAGGAGAGAAGAGAGGGGGACGAGCGGAGGAGAAUGGGGGGAAGGAGCAGCAGGCGGGGAGGGCGGCGAGUGGUGCGGGUGGGGUUCCUGUACCCCACGACCCGUGCGCACCAGCUGUGUCGCUUCUUCCUGUCGCGCACCUGUCACUUCCACCAUCGCUGCCGUCACUCCCACGGCCGCCUCCUCCCCUUCUCCUCCCUCCGCGCCCUCCCCCCUCCCCCCUGCCCGCUCGCCCUCCCCCCCGGCUCCUCUCUCCUCGCCUCGCUCCCACCCGCCCCGCUCUCCCACGACCUGACCCGCCUCUGGGAGCAAGCAGAGCUCCAAUCACAUCACGCCACGUGUCCGGGAGCAUCAUCAUCAGCAGGCGUCCACCUGCCCACGUGUGCCUGCACCUGCACAGUCACUCUCGUGCGCGAUGGCUCCUCCUGCGCCCUGCCCCUCUCCUGCGUCGUGCCCCUCUCCUUCCUCCACUCCCUCCCCCAUGCCGCUGAGACGGCCCCUCCCUUGGUCCCAGGAUUGGUGGGAGAGGGAGACAGAGGGCUUCGUGGCUCUGCUGGCAGUGGGAGCAGCAGCUCUGACACUGGCAGCAGCAGCAGUGAGGAGAGCGCCGAGGGGUAUGAGUCAGAUGAUGAAAACGAUGCUGCUGCUGCUGGCGACGAGCAUCUUUCUGCGUCCCCCUUUGCAGCAGCAGCAUCUCUCGCAGCCUCCCUGCAGCACGCGCAUGCAGCAGCGGCAGCGGGCCCUCAGAGCGAGACGGUGGCGUUUGCAGCGUGGGAGCAGCACACACGCGGCGUGGCAUCGCGGCUCAUGGCUCGCAUGGGCUUCCAACGUGGUGCCGGGCUCGGCAGGGACGGUGGAGGCAUCACCUCCCCUGUUGGGGUGCGGCCGGGGAAGGAGAGGCGAGGGGCCAAGGGUGGUGCGGUGGGAGGUGCUGGGUUGGGGGCGGCGGAGGAGGAGGGUAAGGGUGGGGCGAGGGAUGGGAGUGCAGGUGGCGGGGAGGAGGGGAAGAAGAGGAAGAAGAGUCGGGGAGGGGAGAGGGCGAGGAACAGGAAGAGGAUCGCAGCUGAGAGAGAGGCUGCAGCAGCGGCGGCGGAGGAGGAGGAGGGCGGGAGGAGGGGAGACGUGUUUGAUUUUAUUAACAUGCACUUGGGGGGCAGAGAGAAGGAAGUGGGUGAUGAGGCCAGGAUAGUGCAUAGAGGAGGGAAUGGGAGGAAGGAAUCGGGGAGUGAGUCUGCUGGGGGCGGGGGCAGCCAGAGCGAGAGAAUGGGGGGAGUGGGCCGGGGAGGAGUUCGAGGGGCCAAGGUAGUAGGGGCGGCAGCAUGUGCCGGUGCUAUACCAGGGGCAGGAGGGAAGGGGCGGGAGGAGGAGCGGCGAGAGCUAAUGCAGCAGGAGGAGCGGGUGAGGGAGGUGCGGGCGCAGGUGGGGCGGUACGAGGAGAUGGCAGGGCGCCACGCACACGACAAGGUGACACUGGCCGCCGUGCACCGCAAGCUGGCUGCCGCCCGGGAGGAGCUGAGGCGCGUGCAGGGGGGGCGGGACUCGGCACACUCUAGUGCAGCCCAGAAGGAGGCCUUGCGGAAAUGGACCAAGUUCUAG